AAUUUGGCGCCUAUUUUUUGUUGGCUGGGUGUUCUCGCCUCUGAUUGGGCCGCGGCGCGGCGUGCCCGGCGCGCCCGGCUGCGGCUGCUCUGUCGACCUUGGCUAGACCCGGGCGGCGCGGCGCGCGACCGGCCUCCCGGGGGAUGGGCCACCAGGAGCCCCCGCUGGCCCGAGUGCGGGCGGGAGGUGCGGCUUAUAUAAACAGGUUAUGUAAAGGGCUCAGCUGGCGCGAACACGUGGAGAGCCGCGGGAGUCCGAACACCCGGGUCCCCCCCUCGAGCGCCGCCGCCGCCACCCGUGCCGCAGCAAGCUCCAGCGCACACCCGGCCGGAGCCGCCGCCUCUCGCGCCGCUCCGUACCAGAGGCAGCCCUGGCCCGGAGCGGACCAUCCCCAGCCCCGGGCGCCAGGGGGGAAACGGGCCGCCCGGAAGUGGCGGGACGCCAGCCAGGUCACAAUCCAGGGUCCCGCUCCUCCGCGUCCCGGGGCCGGACGGAGGGAUGAGGCAGGGGGGACCCAGGCAGCGCCGUUGCUGCUCCCCCCGCUGCCCGCAGCCAUGGAAACGGGGGAGGAGGACGGCGCCCGCAGAGGUACACAAAGCCCCGAGCGGAAAAGGCGAAGCCCAGUGCCGCGGGCGCCCAGCGCGAAGCUGAGGCCGGCGGCGGCCCAGGCCAUGGAUCCGGUGGCGGCCGAGGCCCCGGGCGAGGCCUACCUGGCGCGGCGGCGGCCAGAGGGCGGCGGCGGGUCGGCGCGGCCGCGGUACAGCCUGUUGGCGGAGAUCGGGCGCGGCAGCUACGGCGUGGUUUACGAGGCAGUGGCCGGGCGCAGCGGGGCCCGGGUGGCGGUCAAGAAGAUCCGCUGCGACGCCCCCGAGAACGUGGAGCUGGCGCUGGCCGAAUUCUGGGCCCUGACCAGCCUCAAGCGGCGCCACCAGAACGUCGUGCAGUUUGAGGAGUGCGUCCUGCAGCGUAACGGGCUAGCCCAGCGCAUGAGCCACGGCAACAAGAACUCGCAGCUGUACCUGCGCCUGGUGGAGACCUCGCUCAAAGGAGAAAGGAUCCUGGGUUAUGCUGAGGAGCCCUGCUAUCUCUGGUUUGUCAUGGAGUUCUGUGAAGGUGGAGACCUGAAUCAGUACGUCCUGUCCCGGAGGCCGGACCCAGCCACCAACAAAAGCUUCAUGCUACAGCUCACGAGCGCCAUUGCCUUCCUGCACAAAAACCACAUCGUGCACAGGGACCUAAAGCCAGACAACAUCCUCAUCACCGAGCGGUCUGGCACCCCCAUCCUCAAGGUGGCAGACUUUGGACUAAGCAAGGUCUGUGCGGGGUUAGCCCCCCGAGGAAAAGAGGGCCAUCAAGACAGCAAAAAUGUGAAUGUGAAUAAAUACUGGCUGUCUUCAGCCUGCGGCUCAGACUUCUACAUGGCCCCCGAAGUCUGGGAGGGACACUACACAGCCAAGGCCGACAUCUUUGCUCUGGGCAUUAUCAUCUGGGCAAUGAUAGAAAGAAUCACUUUCAUUGACUCUGAGACCAAGAAGGAGCUCCUGGGGACCUAUAUCAAACAGGGGACUGAAAUCGUCCCUGUUGGUGAGGCGCUGCUAGAAAACCCAAAGAUGGAGUUGCAUAUCCCCCAGAAACGCAGGACUUCCAUGUCUGAGGGGAUCAAGCAGCUCUUGAAAGAUAUGUUAGCUGCUAACCCACAGGACCGGCCUGAUGCCUUUGAACUUGAAACCAGAAUGGACCAGGUCACAUGUGCUGCUUAAAAUUCAGGGCAAAGCAUCUUGAGUGUUGUUAAACUAGGUUCAUCCUCGGGACAGUGUCAACGUGUCUCCCACAGAGGACGGCCGAGGGUGCAGGUGGUGGCUUGGUCAGUUGGUGAUCUCCCGACAGCUGGAUCUCCGGCAAUGUGAAGCUUUUAUUUGGGUUUCCCCCUCUCCUUUUAGUUCUGCUUAAUUUUUUAAAAUCUUAUUUUUGUCUUUUUUUUUUUCCCCCUUUUUUAAUUUAAACAAUAAGACUUCAGAAGAGCAGGAAACUAUGCUGUGGAGAAACAACAUGGACAAAAGCAUAUGUAUAAAUGUCAUUUUUAAUUUUUGUAAGGGGUUAGGGAGCUAUUCUGUUUUGUUCCUUUAUUUUCCCCCUGUCGUCUUUGUUUUUACCCAUCCUUUCGUUCUGCUUAGAACACCUCACUUCCCCAGAGAAGGCCUGCCUCUCCGUGGAGAGCCGGGGUGGGUCCCGGCCCCGGGGGGUAGGGACACAAAGACAGAAGGCAGCCUGUGGGCCACCUCCCCGCACCACAGACACGGGCACUGCCGGACUCUGGUGGGCUGCUCCUGGCCCACCCUCGGGCCUUAGAAAUGGUCAAAGGCGAAGAACCACCUGGAAGAGGAAGACAGGGUUUGGCCAGGAGGACUCAAGAAAGAAAGUCUAAACUGCGGGUUUGUUCUCUUUCAGCUGCUGGAAGCCCUGGGCCAUUCCAGGACUCCAGUGGUGGGAGUCCAUUCCCUCUUCUGCCCUUUAUAACUGGGAGUGUUGGGGGGGGGGGGACAAAGGUGACUAUCCCCCCACUUCCCAGCAGCCGAGCGCCAGCCCAGCUCAGCUCUACAAGCCUACCUUUCUCUGUUAGUGGUUCCCCUCCCAAAGGAAGACCCCCAGGGGAAAAAAAAAAAAAAAAACUGUUGUGCCAAA